AUGGCGUACAAGAACACGCUGAUGCGCAUGGCCCCAGGAUCCACCAUCCUACCUGUGGCCAUUGAACCGGAUGACACGGGGCAGUCGAUACACACGGUGGCGCUGUUCCCGGGCUCGGUGGCGGCGGGCGUGGUGGCGGCGCAGCAGCUGGCCGCCAAGCUACGCGCCGGCGGGCUGAACGCCUACUUUGACCAGCGCAAGUUUGGGCGGGUGCACGCCGAGGUCGUUGCAGAUCCCUACCUGGCUGACAGCACCGGCGACACCAUCCCGUCACUGCCCGGCAGCCGCCCAGUAGCCAUGAUCACAGUCAAGUGGUACGACCUGCCCCCCGACCAGGUCACAGCCCAGAAGCGGAAGGCGUAUGUGGCGGCCAUCCAGAAGCUGGUGCCGGGCUCACUAGUGACGUACAAGACUCACCUUGACGACGGCGACUGGACGGGCGCCGGCGGCAACCCCGCGCUGCAAAAGCUCGCCAUGGACACGCUUAUGAGCAACGCCGCCCCCACCACACUGGCAAAGGCGCUGAACACGAUGAGGACCCGCCCAGCCAGCUUUGGCCAGAUGGCCUCUGACGACGGCUAUGCCGUCCGCUGGGUCCCAGACAGCAGCUUUGUGUCGCCUUGCGAUGUACGCACCACGCUGACGCUGACUGGCAUCAUAGUGUAUGCACCCAGCUGCACUCGCCAGCUAGUCACGGCCUACUUAGCCGCAUUGAAAACCAAGCUUCCAAGUGACGUGGUGACCAGUGUGGUCAGCGCCAUGCAUGUCUCCAGCGGCUGCAGCGUGGUGACUUCCAGUGCGUAUCCUGGCAGCCAGCAGGGGGCGGCGAUGGAUCUGGCAGGCCGCCUGGUCCCCUCAAAUUACCCUCUUAAUGGCACAGUCUUUGGUGCCGGCAGCAAGACCCCCGUAUUCUUUGCGGAGGGUGCUGCUGCCACCGGCCAGCAGCGCGGCAUGGUGACUGCAAGGCACCUGCUGCUGGACGCAGCCGCCGCCAUGAGCCCUACCACCGGCAAGGCGUCAGCGACACCCAUCCCAGGCAGCGCAUUUGCCAAGUAUGAGUAUAAGCUGCAGCCAGUCAACUGUGCGCCGGGGAAGAGCUGUCCAACCCUGACCUUCACCUUUGCCACGGCUGAUGCCUACUUCUCUGGCCUGUCUCCUGGCACAACGUACAAGGUGACUGUCACGGGGAUCAGCCAGAAUGGUGAGAGGACCGAAGGCCUCGGCACGCAAGCCAGGGUGCAGUUCACCACUCCUGCCGGCUUCAUGCUGACCUCGGCAACAGCAACAGGGCCAACCACUGGCGCAGCAACCGCAACUGCCCCAGCUGGCGCCUUCUUCAAGUACAAUGUCACCGUGGAGGGCAUCAGCAAGACGGGGCAGCGGACAGCAGGGCAGAACACGCUGCAGUUCACCACGCCAGCCAGCGUGCACCUGGAGUCGGCACAAGCCACCAGCUCCACCACCGCCACUGCCACUGCCACCACACAGCCGGCAGGAGCCUUCCCUCAGUACAUGUACUCUUUGAGGAAAUUGGGUUGCAUUACAUGCAAGUCCCUCAACUUCCCUAGCAGCACUGCCACGGUCAAGCUAAAUGGGCUAGAGCCUGGGGCCAUGUACAAUGUCACCGUGGAGGGCAUCAGCAAGACUGGGCAGCGGACCCCAGGGGACAACAUGCUGCAGCUGACCAUGCCUGCGGGGCUGCGUCUCACCCAAGCCAAGGCCACAGGAUACACAACCGGCACCGCCACCGCCACCGCCCUGCCCAGCGAUGCCUUCACCAAGUUCGUGUUCACCGUGACAAAAGCCAGGUGCACCGUGCCGCCAUGCCCAACGCUGGCCUUUACAAGCAGGGCACCCAGCAAUCAGCUGACUGGGCUGGAGCCCGGAACCAAGUACAAUGUGACUGUACUGGGCGUGACCAAGACAGGGCAGCGCACCAAAGGGGCCAACAUGAUGCAGCUCACGACAUACAUGUUCACGGUGAAGAAAGCAUUGUGCCCCGGCUGUCCAAAGCUGGAGUUCAAUAGCAGCACACGAAUGGGUACCUUCACAGGCUUGGCGCCCAACACGGCGUACGCUGUGACCGUGGCGGGCGUGGACUGGAGUGGCCGGCGCACGCAGGGCAGCAACAGUCUGCAGUUUAAGACGCCGACCAAGUCUGCCCCACCCCCUCCUCCCACCCCCACCCUGAAACUGACGUCUGCUAGGGCCACCACUCCGACCACCGCCAUUGCUACUGCGUCCCCACAGCCACCUGGCGCCUUUGUGAAGUACAAUGUGACGGUGGCUGGCAUGGACAAGAGCGGGCGCAAGACGCAGGGCAUCAACAUGCUGCAGUUCAAGACGCUGGAUGCCCAGCGCCCUCCACCACGUCCGACUCCUGCUCCAGGAUUGAACUUGACAGAAGCGCGCGGCCUCAACCCAACCAGGGGCAUGGCAAGAGUGUCCGAGAAGCCAGCAGGCUAUUUUGCCCAGUUCAUCUUCACGGUGAAGAAAGCGGCUUGCCCCAGCUGUCCUGCGCUGCACUUCACCAGCAACAUCACCCUGGGUGUAUUCUCGGGGCUGACGCCCAACACCACGUACCAGGUGACAGUCGUCGGCGUGGACAAGCGGGGCCAGAGGACGCCGGGCAGCAACGCGCUGCAGUUCAGGACACCGGCAAGCGGAUUCCUUCGCACGCCCCCCUCACCUCCGCCUGUGGCCCCCAAGAGCCUGAGGCUGAUUUCUGCUGAUGCCACCUCGCCCACCAGCGGCACAGCCACUGCACAACCACAGCCAGCGGGCGCAUUUGUGAAGUACAUCUUCACGCUGCAAGAAGUGGCAUGCCCCAGCUGCGAACCCCUGGCAUUCAGUAGCACCACCAGCGUGGGCAUAUUCACGGGGUUGAAACCUAACACAAAGUACAAAGUGACGGUGGUUGGGCAGGACAGUACUGGAGGCACCACAGCUGGAAGCAACAUGGUCUCGUUGACCACCCAGCCCUUCAGCGAGGGCCCCUCCAUUAACGGCACCGAGUCGGUCACUGCCACCAGCGGCAUCAUCGACCUCCUCCCGCCCUCCGGGCUGACCUGCGCGCGCUUCAUCGUCGAGAUGUGCCCCAUGCCCCGCGCGGUUGCCCCAUGCUUCAACAGGACGUGCACCUCUCCCAAGUGCUUUGUAGACGGCCUCCAGCCGGGCACAGUCUAUGGAGUGACUGCAGUCUGCAGGGAGGGCAAUGGCCAGGAGACUGGAUGGGGAGACGAAGGGACACUGACAACGCUGCCCGCGCUGAGCAUGAAGUCUGCUGCUGCCACUGGCCCAUUCACGGGCACCGCGGCGGCCGAGCCUCAACCAUCCAGCGCAUUCAAGGAGUACAUCUUCACGCUCAAGGAGGCAGCGUGCCCCAGCUGUGUUGCACUGGUGGUUAGAAGCAACACGAGUGUGGUGACCUUCACAGACUUGAAGCCCAACAUCCAGUACAAUGUGACGGUGAAUGGCGUGGACACGUCUGGGAGCACCAUCACGGGUAGCGGCAUGGCGCAGCUGACGACGCAAGUGGCAUCCCCACCCGUGCCGCCUCCCAGUGGCAUCUGCCCAGGCUACCAGCAGCACCUCUGGCACGGCCACGGCCACAGCCCCAGCAGGUGGAAGCUUCACAGAGUACACUUUCACGGCACGACCUUUGUCCGGCGGGCCUAA